CCCAUGAUCGCAGAAUCAACACGCAUCCUCACACCACUGACCUGGGCUUAGCUGUGUCCUGUAUGUGUGUGCGUGUGUGAGCGGGAGUGUGAGUGAUCCACACAAAACAGCAGCAGGAUGGAGGAUCUCAAGGAGAAUCUGGAAAGUUUGGAUUGACGCCCGGGGAUAAAGCGCGGUCCGGCCUGAACCCCAUCGGGUUUCUCGUGGAUUUAUAUAUUUGGAUGUUGUCUGUCUCCCCCUUUUCCCCUUUUCUUCUAGGCAGUGGGAAUUUACACUUGGUUUACAACUCCUGUUAUUUCUGGCGUGCAAAAUGCCAUUCGCCAAAAGGAUUGUGGAGCCGCAGCUUCUGUGCAGGCACCAGAUCCCCAACGAUGAAGGUCUGCUUUUCGAGGACCUGUGUGCCAUCAGUAACGUGAUUCUGUCCCGGACCCUGCGACAGCUGUCCGACCUGGCCCGACACGCCUGCUCCUUAUUUCAGGAGUUGGAAAACGACAUCAUUACCACCAACCAGCGGGUCUGGGUCCUCCAGAACAAAAUAGGCCAGAUACAGCAGACUGCCAGUGCCCUAGACCCCAAAAAGGAGGCAGUGCCGGUGUCAAACCUUGAUAUAGAGAGUAAGCUGUCAGUUCACUAUCAGGCUCCAUGGCACCAGCAACACAACGUGUUUCAUCCUUGCACCCGACCACCAUGUCUAGAGGAGCUGCACAGAAAUGCUCAGCUCAGUCUCAGAGCCCUGCACCGAGACGAACAACAGCACCAGCGGUCCACAAGUCGUGAGAGAAACAGGGUGACCAUCUCUAUUUCAGUGGCACCCCCUAUGCCCACUUUCCCUUCACCACACACCAUCCGCCGGCAACAGAGGAGUCGCUUGGCACGAGCGCAAGAGAGAGCAGAGAGAGAACGUGAGUUAGACUAUCAACCCAAGAAGGAGAGGGCUGUGAGAGAAACAGACAACAAGACCAUACAGAAAAAAGAGAGGCCAGUGAGAGAAGUAGAUAUUCAAAUCAUCCAAAGAAAGUUUGAGUGCUUUUACUCACUUCACCCUACUGAAGGUUGCAUCUUCAUUCCAUGGAACAGAAAGGCUACCUCGACAGGGGAAGGCGAAGGCGGUGAAGUCUUGGGAGGCCACAGAGCCAAUGCUUCAGCCCCCAAUGCCUCCUCAACCCAGGAUCAACAGAAAAACUGGUCCAAGGAAAACCUCCCACCAUCAAAUGAGAAGACAACUGCUGACUCUCAUGCCAUCUCCUCCUGCAUCAUCCCCAUCAACGUCACAGGAGUUGGGUUUGACAGGGAAGCAAGUGUUCGUUGCUCUCUGGUCCAUUCUCAGUCGGUUCUUCAGAGGAGAAGAAAGCUGAGGAGGAGGAAGACUAUUACAGGAAUACCCAAAAGAGUUCAUCAGGACAUGGACUCAGAUGAAUCACCCGUAGCAAGAGAGCGCACAGUGAUCAUCCAUGCCAACUCGCACCAACUCUCUCUCUGUCAGGAAGAUCUCUCAAUAAGUGGGCGCCUCCAUCACACUCGUGACUCUGGCUGCCAGACGGAUGAUUUCCUUAUAGCAUGUACAGCUGCUCCUUCUAGAAGACGCAUCAGAGCUCAACGUAGCCAUCAGGGAAUUCCUGCCUCUCUGUCCCAUUCAACGGGCAACAUUUCUUCCCUCGGUGACCAGUCAGACCCCACCUACACCAAUGCUGCAGCCCACGGCGGACGCUUGCGUUCUCGUAGCCUCCCACGAGAGGGUGGAUGUCUGAUGGACAGUGACGAGGAUGAUGAUGAUAAUUAUGAUGAUGAUGACGAAGAUGAGGAGUUGUCACCUUAUGAAACAGAGGACUUUAUUCCAUCUGGCCCUAGUCCAAGAAUGAAGAUGAUGAUGAUGAAGGAUGAAGAAGAGAGCACAGAUGAUCAGGCAGCUCCUGAGCCACUGCAACUUGGAAGCCUAAAAAGGCUACAGCGAUCCGGGGAAAGAGACAGAGGGGGUGGAGGAGGGAGCCCAGAGCAUAGCUGGAUGGAGAGGGGCCGUUCUCGUUUGCCCCGCAAGGCUGACAUGGGUAGCUGUGAGAUCUCAUCAAGUUCAGAUACUUUCAGUAGCCCUAUUCACUCUGUGUCUACAACAGGUGUCCUAGGCACCCAUGUGGACCACAAGGAGGAUCACCAAUCGUCAAGUGGGAACUGGAGUGGUUCCAGCUCCACUUGCCCUUCUCAGACAUCUGAAACCAUCCCCCCACCCUCUUCUCCACCACUGACAGGCUCAUCCCACUGCGACUCAGAACUGUCACUCAACACUGUGCCUAAUGCCACUGAUGAGGGAUUCUCCCUGGAUCCUUCAUACCUCUCUGACCUCAGACCCCAGGGCCAGGGCCACAGGUCAAGCUCAUUUACAUCCUCAGCCACAGACCAACUGGAUGACGCAGGGGUCAGUACAGCCAGUGAGGGGGAGUGGACAUACCCUCCAGACCAAGACCAGACUGAUCCAGACCAAGACCCUGACCAGACCCAAAACCUGAGCCAAAGCCAUGGUUUAGCCCAAGAUUUCAGAUCCACACAAGGGUCAGAAGACCAAACCUGUUUCAGUGACAAGACCAGCAACACUGAUAAAGAGUCUGGCUCUCAUUACCAAUCUGGUACAGGGGGUUUCUACUCCUCUUCUGUGAAUUUUGGGGAGUGUAAUCAGAAUUACAGAGGAUACACGUAUAACUAUGCAGACCCAGGACCUGACUGUAGUCAAUCCAACACUGUGCCGCCACCACUAUCCCAUGCAGUUUACCCUCAGCCCUUAGCUGAUAUCAGAGCAGGCACUAUGACCGUGGGAAAGACCUGUCGUCCGCUGAGGAAACCAAAAGUCAAACCUCCACCACCCAAACGGACCUCCUCUCUGAAGGAGACCAGUACUAGUGUUGAUGUUGGAACAGACACACAGGCAGAUCAGGAUCAACCAAAGACAGUUAGAGAACAAGAGCUUACCUUGUCUUCCACAGAUAUGAAGCUGGAACUUGAGCUAGAGCUUGGAGGUGCACCAGAACCAUUACAGACAUCUUGUCUAGUGGCAGAGCCUUUGGGAACUUGGGGAAUGGGACUGGGUGAAACCAUGGACAUAGUAGAGCCUGUGUCUUUCAGCUCUGCAGAUACACACUCAUUUAAGGAUGAAGGUGCUGUGCAAUCUGACUAUGCAGACUUGUGGCUUCACAACAAUGAACUGAAGUCCAGUAAUGGUGAGUACACAUCUAUGUCCAACUCAAGCACAGCCACGGGCACUACUGUCAUGGAAGGCAUCAAGUCACCAGACAGCUCUUCCUCCUCUACAGAAACCCAAACCCAGGCCCAUACCCAGGCUUCAGAGGCCAGGCCAACUAGUCCAUCUCUCCAACCUGGAGAUUUUAAACUUGGUUCACCUGAGAAGUUGGCUGGCCUGGCCUCACCAUCAAGUGGCUAUUCUAGUCAAUCAGAGACUCCAACAUCAACUUUGCCCUCAUCUUCAGCAGCAUUCUUCCCAGGACCCCUGUCUCCCUCAACUGGCAAGAGAAAGCCCAAAGUGCCCGAGAGGAAAUCUUCUCUCUCUUCCUUGCAGCACAUCCCCAGAGAUGGAGCUUCCAUUUCCUCUGGCUAUAAGAGAGACCCAGACUUCCCACCUCCACCUUCUCAACUUGAUCUUGCUGUUCAUCAUGGUGGCUAUGUAAGAUAUACACUAUCCCACAGGACACACCACAUACACACACUUCAUCAUAGCAAACACAGAGGUGCAAAUGUCUUAGCCACUGGAACAAAGUUGUUGGCCCCUGAGGCAUCAACUACCAACCCACCAACAAGUUCAAACUCUGCCUCAUCAAUUCCCAGCUCUGGUCUAUUGGCGAUAACUCCAUCUGCUGUCCAUUCAGCGCAUGUCCAUUCUGUUAGCCAUUCUACAGAUGGUCCUACCAGUGCAGACCAGGAAACAGCGAGUGGACCAGAGACAGCUACAAGACCCAAAUGUCCUCCAAAUAGUUCUACUCUGGCUCCACCACCUAUUAGCACUAGGCCACUCCCUCCUCGCAGACCACCUCCCAGGCCCCCAGCUCAUGACCACAACUCCUCCCCUGAACACUCACAGCCACCUCCCCCUGGGCGCCACCCUGAUGGGCCUCCAUCCUAUGAAAGUCUGUUACUCAGACAGGACCGGUAUGGUCCUGGAACCUUCUGGGCUAUGACAGCCUUCAGAACACGAAUGGAUCCAUCAUCAGACCUCUCUGAUGACAGCUCACCCUUGCAUCGGCCUGUGCCACGUGCUCCCCACCCUUCGCCUGUUGAUCUACACACACAUAUCCACUCACACACAGAGUUCAGAGGGUUCACGCACUCAGCUCAUGGACACACCGAGUUUAGGGUUUUGGGGGAGCGCUCAUUCUCCCAGGAUGAUGAUGAUGAUGAAGAUGAGGAGGAGGAAGAGGAAGAGCAGGAGAAAGAGCCACCAAGGACUGCAUGUUCCAGAGGAGGCAUGCGAUCGGACCACCCUCCACCCCCAGCGUAUGAGUUUGUUGGAGGAUGCCACUCAGACUCAGGGCCAUGGGCUAGUCCAGUUAAAGUGCCUGGUACCACAAUAGAGACAUCGCAUCCUUACCUAAUCAGCGAUGCAAGGAAAAGGGGACUGGGAGAGCAGGAAGAAGAGGAGGAAAUGACAUCAGGUGCUACCAGAAGUGCCCAUCAGCAGCAGACACAUGAGAGCAAAGACGACUCCACCACUCCUGACACAGAGGAUUACUUCAGUAAAGGGACAUUAUGUCCUGCAGAUUCAACGCCCAGUGAUAAUUCACUCUCCCCUUUGACGGAUGACACUAAAGUGGAUGAUGACAUUAUUAUCACGUCACCCAACAAGACCCGUACAACUGAGGACCUGUUUGCCAUGAUACACAGAUCCAAAAGAAAGGUCCUGGGUCGUAAAGAUUCAGGAGACUUAAACAUGAAGUCUCGUCUGUGCCCAACAGCACCAGUUACUCCUGGUAAUGCAUCCACUGUCAUUAUUCCUCCAGCCCCUCCUCUCAACAUCCCAGCCACCUUAGCCACUGCUGCUGGGUCACAGCGAGCUCCUGUGCCAAUCUACCGCAGUGCAAAGAAAUCCACCACAUCCAACGAGGAGUUCAAACUCCUAUUGCUGAAGAAAGGUAGCAGGUCUGAUUCUAGCUAUCGCAUGUCAGCUAUAGAGAUUCUGAAGAGCCCUAUCACCCCUAAAACCCCAGGGGAACCCCUUCAGGAAGGGCCCAUUAGACAAGCUGAGGAGCCACCCUCUACAGUCCAAGAGUUCCCCAUUGCUGGCCCGGACCCAAUCCAGAUACCAGGCCUUUUUCCCAGGGCCAACUCUGAAAGUUUCACCCCAAAAACCUUGCCUAUGUCAGCUGCAUCUCGACAGGGACGUUCUCGGAUUCCUCCUGUAGCCAACAGCAGUCGCUACAGUACACGCAGCCGCCUCUACACGGCCCCCAUGCAAGCCAUUUCCGAAGGGGAGACAGAGAAUUCAGAUGGAAGCCCCCAUGAUGACAGGUCCUCCUAAAAACACCCGAUGAGAGAUGCCCUCUAUUCUUAGCUGUGCCCUACAUUUGAAAUAGUCCCUUCUACUUUUCUAAUCUUGGACAGGUGUGUCAUCAAAGUCAAGAGUGUAAUUCUUGUGACACACAAAAUGGGACUGUUGCUAAAUGCACCCAGUUUUGGCUCUACUAUUGGAUUUAAGUGUGUCAGACAGAGUGCUGUGAAACUGAAUCAUAAAGAGAUGAUUAUGAAAACUCUGCAAAUAUUCCUAAAUACUGUAUUAUCAAAAAAAAAAAAAAGAAAGAGCGAGUUCCCUCCUAGUUAAAAUAACAAGACCUAUUUUGAUUGAACUGUCUUUUUAAAAACUUUUUUUUUAAUAAAAGUGGUCCCAAAUGUUUGGUAAAUCAUUAUAAAAUAGUGGAAAUGGACAACAUGUGUGUGCAUGAACAAGCACAUGCAACAUCCACUGGAAUUUUUACUUCUUGUGUUUUGAAUGGUGUGUGUCUGAUUUGCUGAGGAACUGCUUUCUUAUUAAAAAAACAUUUCUUAUGAAAUUUAAUAUUCUUUGAACUUAUGAUGCCCAAAGCAUCAGCCAGAUUUCUCAGUCUAUACACAAUAUUCCUGCCAACAAACAAGGGUUGUUUCAUUGUAGAAUUUACUAACAUCUCAACACAGCACCAACGUAUCUGUUAUAUUUCCAUAUGCUGACCUGUUAUAGAGAAUAUAUCACAAAGAGCCAAUCAUAUAUUUCUUCACAUAAAUUAUAUCCAAAAAGAUAACAUGAUGCAUGUAUUUUUGUAAACUUGCGCCUCAGAACAUGAUGAUAAAGUUUCAACAUGUUGCAUGACUCUAUAUGGAAACAUCCCCUGGAUCCUGGUUUAUGUCAACAUUUUUGUGGUUCCCUUGUAUUAUAAGAAUAAUUCUUAUAAUCUUAUUAUCCUUCACUGUGAAUGGUUUUAGUGACAUUUGUACCACAUUGCCCGUGAGCUGAGUGUCUAACAAGAAGGAGCAAGGGCUUGUGCCUAGAUCCAUUUGUCAAUGAUUGUGGCUAAUUUUGGACAAUCGCACAGUGGCCUUUCUCUACUAGAGGUGGUUGUAAGCAGAGUAUUUAUUUAUAAAGUAAUUCUCUGCACAUAUAGUACUUGGACCUGCACCAUGUUCCACUAGAAUUCCAUCACAUAUGUACUUAUGUAAACCCAACCUUGAAAUCUAGUAUGUUUAGACUGAUUAAAGCUCUUCCAGCUGCAGUCUUGCUGUGCUGACUCAAAGCAAUUUUAGAAAUAAAACUGAGCGCAGACGGUGAAAAUGCUUUAGAAGGUCCUCAAUCAGUUUGACUAGAGGUUAAUUUGGAAAGAUUUCCAAGAACCAACCUCACUUUCGCACUUCAUGAUUCUUUGAGAAAAAUUCUCGAAAAGAAUAUUCUAUCUUAUAAUGAAAUUGCAUAUGUAUAUUUGUACUGAAUAUAAAAAGUCAUAACUAUAUUAAACAACAACCAGAAGAUUUAUAGGGAACCAACCUGAGUGUAGCAAAGAAGUCAGGUCUCACCGACAACAUUACAUAUGAAUUUUAAUAAUGUACACUGUUCUCCUCUUUUUGUUGCCUCUCCUUCAUUUGCACUGACCCAGUAGCAUUAGACAGGUGAAAGCUCAACCCAGUGGCUGGUGUAUGCCAUUUUGUAUUACCCUGCCAACUUUAUAUCACAAAAUCUGAAAGAGAGGAGACAAAAGGACCAAAGGACUACAUAGCACCAAUGUUUAAAAGUCGGCAAUGCGCCCAUUAUAUUGCUGCAGCCUUUUCUCUCUAACACUGGGGAUAGAGUAUUCUGUAAAAAAAAACAAAAAACAUUUUCAUCCUUCUGAAAAAUGUUACGCAUGCAGAGUGACCAGUGCGUUACAGAAGCAACCUAUCAUCUGUGGAAACUUUGAACUCUCACCUGCCUGCCACAGCAAACACAACAUAUAUACUUCUUCUUACAUUCAGAGACUGUACUUCAAAAGAAACCAUUCACUGUAUUCUGUGAAUACCUCAACAAGCAUAUUACUGUUUUAUUGUAAAUGAUAGAUAGAUAGAUAGAUAGAUAGAUAGAUAGAUAGAUAGAUAGAAAGAAUAAACCACAAACGUUUGAAACUCAGUGAACCUGAAUUGCAGAACUGACACUGUGUAAGAUGGAGAGAGUAAAAAGCUGUGAACUAAUUAUUACAGAAUUUUACAUUCAUCAAACUCAUACUGCUAAAGCGCACUUGUUCCUAUUCAUUGUUUUGUUGUGUUUUCUAUUGCAUGCAAUAAGUAAAGAAAAAAAGAAGAAAAGAAAAGGACACCACCAUAUUGUUGUUUUUUAUCUGAGGGAUGUCUCCAUACCACAAGAAAAGAAUUUGUAUUUUUCAUUAAAAUGUCAAGUUCAGUAAUGUGUUCUAUAGAUGUACAAACUGUCUGGAUAAUUCUGUUCUAUAUAGUCGUGAUCACAAACAGGGGUUUAUCUUGUACUGUAUAUCAACUCACUGGACAAUCAUACAUAUAAGAGACUGUAAAGAAAAUGACGGGUGGGAGAAUCUGAACAUUUUUGGUGCUGGUCCUAUUCUCGCUGGAGCUGUUGAAGUUUGGAAGUGGGAGGAAUAUUUUCCAGGAGAAUCUGUGCUUCAGUUGAGCGUGCAUAUCUGCACAAGCCGCUUUGGAUAAAAUGUACAAAUAAAAUAUAUAUAUAGAAAUGGGAAACACUGCAUUUUUAGAUCCAAAACCUAGUUUGAUCUGAUCAGAAAAUCAUUGUUUCAACAUCUGACCCAUAACAGAUUUUUGAUUUCCACAAAUCAGCUUUACUAAGUAAUUAAAAUAAAUCUGUGGUAUUGACAUAGCAUUAUAUGAAAGAUGCAGUGUGACUGCAAAAUGCCAUUUAAAAGUUUAAAAACAAGAAUAUUCAAAGUAUUUGAUAAUUUGUUUAGUGUAAUUUUCAGUACUGUACCUGGAAUUCAUGCUAUCGAUGUAUUUAAAGACUGUUUAAAGCAGCGGAUAGAUGACUGACUGACACAAUUUGACUAGAAAGACAAAUUGUGAGGUUGUCAUGCAGACCUAUGUUUAGCACUCACCCAGUCCUCUCAAACCUCAGUCCUCAACAGCUUGGGAACACAACAAAACAAGAAUCUAUAACCUUCAUAGAUUAUUUUUCCCAACCUGUUCUCCAGUGUCUGCAUGCAAUUUUCCCUAAAGGGAACCAUUUUAUAUAUUUUUUUUCAAAGGUGUACAGUAUGGAAUAACACUAAACAGACUUUAAAUAUGUGACACCUUAUCAAAUAUUAAAACACAGAUGUUAAAGACAAAUUGUAACUAUUUAAAAGAAGCUCCAUGUUUAAAACUAGCUAGGACUUAACAUAUUUGAAUCACUUUUGUAUUUUUGUAUAAACCUGUAAAUAUGUUUUUAAAGA